AUGGAGCUGAGAGGCAAGAUGGAGGAGGCACCGUCCACACCACCCUCUCCCCUCAUACCCUGUUCCUCCUCCUCCCUCCCACUCUCCUUCCCUCUCAUACCCCUCUCUCCUCCCCUCCUCGUUUCUCCACUUGGAGCUAGCAAGCAGCGGCGCAGACAUGGGCUAGCAAGCAGCGGGGCAGACAUGGAGUGGGGAGGCAAGAUCGAGGGGGUUCCAUGGAGCAGGCAAGCGGCGGGGCAGACAUGGAGUGGAGAGGCAAGAUCGAGGAGCUGCUAUCCACACCACCCUCUCCCCUCGUACCCCGUUCCCGUCCCUCCCCUCCCUCCCCCCUUCGCUGCCCCCUUUUUCCAGAUGGAGCAGGCAAGCGGCGGGGCAGACAUGGAGUGGAGAGGCAAGAUCGAGGAGCUGCUAUCCACACCACCCUCUCCCCUCGUACCCCGUUCCCGUCCCUCCCCUCCCUCCCCCCUUCGCUGCCCCCUUUUUCCAGAUGGAGCAGGCAAGCGGCGGGGCAGACAUGGAGUGGAGAGGCAAGAUCGAGGAGCUGCUAUCCACACCACCCUCUCCCCUCGUACCCCGUUCCCGUCCCUCCCCUCCCUCCCCCCUUCGCUGCCCCCUUUUUCCAGAUGGAGCAGGCAAGCGGCGGGGCAGACAUGGAGUGGAGAGGCAAGAUCGAGGAGCUGCUAUCCACACCACCCUCUCCCCUCGUACCCCGUUCCCGUCCCUCCCCUCCCUCCCCCCUUCGCUGCCCCCUUUUUCCAGAUGGAGCAGGCAAGCGGCGGGGCAGACAUGGAGUUGAGAGGCAAGAUCGAGCAGCUGCGAGCAGUCUCGUCAGCCAGCGUGGCGCAGACCAAUUCAUCAAUGGAGCAGGUGCGUGCGUGCGUAAGAAUGCAUGCUGGCGCAGGCAGACCAACACACAUCCAUGGAGUUGACUUUUGA